CACACCAAGUUGCCCCGAGCACCUGCCCCUCCACCUCCCCACCCCUCCCCACAGUGACUCUUGCCCGGAGAAUGUCCAGCCCUGGCAUAAAGGCCCUGGGUGUCCACGAGCUGCUGUCAGUCAGAAGGCUGCACAGUCCAAGAUGGGCUCCUCGCAGGCACCCCAGAUGGGGCGUGUGGGAGGGCGAGGAAUGAUGGCACUGCUGCUGGCUGCGCUCCUCCUGCCAGGGGCCUUGGCUAAGAGCAUCGGGACCUUCUCAGACCCCUGCAAGGGUGCACGUAUCACCUCCCCCGGCGACCCCUGUUUCACUGGGAAGAGUGGUUCCAGUAGCUUCAGUGGCCACAGUAGCUCCAGCAGUUCCAGCAGCUCCAUUUCCAGUUCCAGUGGCUCCAGCAGUGGCUCUUCUGGUGGCCCCAGUGGUUCUGGUGGCUCCAGUGGUGGCGCCAGUGUCUCCAGUGUCACCCAGGGUGGUUCUUCAGGAUCUGCGUUAUUUAAGCCAGGAACAGGGCAUUCCCAGAUCAGCUACUCCUCCGGAUCCAGCUUCUCCCAGUCAGGAAGCAGCAGCUCCCAGUCAGGAAGCAGCAGCUCCCAAUAUGGAAGCAGCAGUUCCCAACCAGGAUCUGGCUCGGCUCUACCAGUCAGUGAUGGUUCUUCCCACUUAGGAUCUUCCCAGUCUGGAGGCGGCUCAAGCUCAUCUGUUUCCCAAAGCUCUUGGAUAUCCAGCAGCAAUGGCCAAAGGGUCAACUCUAACUUACGCCCCUGUAAUUCAGAUGUCUCUGACUCUCCCUGCAGUGGGGGGCCUAUUGUCUCCCACUCUGGCUCCUACAUCUCCAGCUCCCACUCUGUGUCAGGAGGUCAAAGGCCAGUGGUGGUGGUGGUGGAACAGCACGGCUCUGGUGGCCCUGGAGGGGUCCAGGGUGCCCCCUGCAACAGUGGUGGCCUUCCAGGAAAGCCCUGCCCCCCAAUCACCUCUGUAGACAAGUCUUACGGCAGCUAUGAAGUGGUGGGUGGCUCUUCUGACAGUUAUCUGGUCCCAGGCAUGACCUACAGUGGGGGCAAAAUCUACCCUGUGGGCUACUUCACCAAAGAUAACCCCGUCAAAGGCUCUCCAGGUGUCCCUUCCUUUGCAGCUGGGCCCCCCAUCUCUGAGGGCAAAUACUUCUCCAGCAAUCCCAUCAUCCCCAGCCACAGCUCUUCUAGUUCCAAUGUCUACCAGUCGGGAUCUUCCUCAGCCAUUGUGUUCCAGCCAGUGGGCUCUGGUGGGGUCCAGCCCUGUGCAGUUGGCUCUAAGGGGCCCUGCUCCCUCUCGAGUUCUGGAGCCCACAGCAGUUCUAGCAUUUCCAGUAGUUCAUCCUUCCAUCCCUGUGGUGGUGUUUCACAGGGGCCCUGCUCCCCACCUGGCCCUGGCUCCUUCAGCGGCACCUCCAGCUCCCAAGGCAGUGGUAAAAUCAUCCUUCAGCCCUGUGGCAGCAAAUCCAGCUCUUCUGGUCACCCUUGCAUUUCUGUUUCCUCCUCUACAUUGAGUGGGGGUCCUGAUGGCUCUCCCCAACCUGAUCCUUCCGCUGGUGCCAAGCCCUGUGGUCCCAGCAGCUCUGGAAAGCUCCCCUGCCGCUCCAUCCGGGACAUCUUGGCCCAAGUGAAGCCUCUGGGGCCCCAGCUAGCUGACCCUGAAGUUUUCCUACCCCAGGGAGAGUCACUUGACAGUCCAUAAGUUAGCUUUUGCCUACAUGCAUGUGUGGGCAUACACAUGUAUACACACACACACACCGUCUCUCAGUUGGGAGAAGACCAGUGGCCCAGGCAUGGGGUUAGCUCUGUUUGCCUCCUUCCCAAGAGAGUUGCUCUAUUUCCUCCAUUGCUCCAAUAUGGCAGACUCCCCUUAUCGUCUCUUUUUUCUUCAACUCUCCAAAUUGUAGACUCCAAAUUCCUUUCCCCAUUCUCUCCUACUGCUUAGAUUCCCCUUAUACUGCAGUGCCCUCUCUGCCAGAUAACCAUUCCCUAAAAUUUCCUCUGUCAUUUAUUUGAGAUGGUAUAAUACAUUAGCUAAUCCUACCCAUUCAGAUUCCUGACUGGGAAACCCCUGAAAUGUUCCAUAGUAACUCUGGUUUCUGGAGAAGUCAUCCCCCUUUUUACCUGUUUGCCAAAGAAAGCAAAGUCUAAACUGUUGCUUGAAAGCAAUAACCACUUUUCACUGACCUCUCUUUGCCAUCUGGUCAACCAAAAUGGCACACCAUGGGGUUCUCACACUCCCAAUUCCAUUCCCACCCUCCACCACAGAGCUCACCACACCCUCUGUGAGUUCCCAACACUCCUUUUUGCCUCUCAAGGUCUCCGUCUCAAUCCCCUGUCCUGGCUGCCACUUCCCUCAAUGCUUAGUCGCUUCCCUGUGUGAGGGAGACACCAGGAUACCCUCAGACACUGGAGUAGGUUCCCUGCUCUCUCUGGACCCUGGACAGAUGGUUCAAUAAACUGUGUGAGCUAGAUGCAGACUUUUGCCAUCUUGGUGUCUUGGGUCUCAUCUUAGGACCUACGUGACGCUCUUCUGUACCUCUGGAAAUACCCAUGUCCCCCCAUUUUCACUCAU